GUACUUCGGCGAACUCAUCAAUUUUUUCGCUUCGUUGCAUUCCUUAGAGUUUAAACUUUCGUCCUGCAGGUUAAUGAUGUCUGCUUCUGGUGAUCGAUUUGAUUGGUAUCAGUCAGAGGAUAAUAUUUGGAUAGAUUAUUUAAGAAAAAAGAUGGCACCAACUGAUAUUCGGGUAGAAAUAAAAAGACGGGAGGUUUCUUUGUACCUGACUAUUCCCACCGGUGAUGAGUUGCUCAAGAAAUUCCAGUUGCUCCAUGAAGUUGUGCCAGAAGAUUCAUCAUACCGUGUCACCGCCACGAAAAUCGAAAUCAAGUUAAAGAAAGCAGAUAAAGUUUGCUGGAGUCAUCUGGAAUCUCAAGAUUGUAUCACUGGUUCAGGAAUUCAGACGUCAUAUGAUGUCACCAAAAUUGUUCACUCCUACCCUUCUUCAAGCAAAUCUGCACACGAUUGGAAUAAGAUCGAUAAAGAAGCAGCUGAAAUAGAGGGAGAAGAAGACCCUCUAAACAAAUUGUUCAGAAAUAUUUACGAAAAUGCCUCAGAUGAAACUAGAAGGGCAAUGAUCAAAAGUUUUACGGAAUCAGCUGGUACAGUCCUCAGCACCAAUUGGAGUGAAGUUGGAGCAGGUAAAGUUGAAAUACGACCUCCAGAUGGGAUGGAAUAUAAGAACACAAUGUGACGAAAUAUAGAAUAUUAAUGAUCAAGUGUAGUAGCCGCUAAUUUUGUUGUUUGGUGAACUACUCUACUACGUGAACCAACGGAACUGCUGUGUAAUUAUUUCGGAUUGAGUUCUGUAAUUUCGUGUUAUAUGACCAAACUUUAUUAAAUAUCUUGUUUUUCGAGCUGCUUUUGUA